AAGGAGAAGCUCCCACUAUCAAAUCCAAUCAGAAGCAAACAUCAUGGCUCGACGAUGCAAGUUGCGGAAAGGGAAUUCCAUCAAUAUUAACUUGGAAAAUGAGACUGAAAAUAAUGUUAAUAAGAACUUUCAAAAAACUCAAGAGUUACACCAAAAUCAGGCUUCAAAUUUUCAAGGGAAUACUAGUCAGAAGACAAUGAGGUAUCAUUAUGAAGGCCAUUUUAUAUUUUCACCAAAUAGAAUAUAUGAAAAUGGUAGGUUCAUGGAGAAACCUAAUUUUGAUGUUGAUUUCAUCUCAUUUUUUGAUAUAUUGGAUGACUUGAAAAAGGAUUGUGGAUUUGAUGUUAUAAAAGGAGAUAAAUUUUAUUACUUGAAGGCUGAUAAAGCUCUUAGUGAUCUUGAUGCAUUGAUAGAGGUUAAAGAUGAUACAGAUGUGAAAGAUAUGAUGGAUAGUUAUAAGAAGUUCCCUUCGAAACCCAUUGAUAUAUACACUCUAUUUCGAGAUUAUGAUAUUUUACCAAAUGGACUUAGUGACGAGCUACCCACAGUUACCGUUGAUCACGCUUCUAAUUAA